AUGCAGGAUUCUUACGAGCCGCCAGGAGAUGGCAACUUGGAGGAUGUUCUUCACUAUAUCAGGAGUGGCAUUGACAUCAACACUAGCAACCCUAAUGGACUGAAUGCUCUUCACCUUGCCGCGAAGGAGGGUCAUGUCAAGGUUGUGGCAGAACUCCUUCGACGAGGAGCUAAUGUUGAAGCAGCAACCAAGAAAGGGAACACAGCGCUGCACAUUGCCUCACUGGCUGGACAUGAGGAGAUUGUCCAGAAACUUGUGGAGAGUGGAGCCCAGGUCAAUCUUCAGGCGCAGGCUGGGUUUACCCCACUGUACAUGGCAUCCCAAGAGGGACAUGCAGAAGUGGUCAAAUAUCUGUUGUCUAAUGGAGCUAACCAGGGUCUGUCAACUGAGGAUGGCUUCACCCCAUUGGCUGUGGCUCUCCAGCAAGGUCAUGACAAGGUCGUCUCCGUGCUCCUGGAACAUGAUGCCAAGGGAAAGAGUGGCUUCACCCCCCUUCAUAUUGCUGCUCACUAUGGGAACAUCAAUGUGGCCAAACUGUUGAUUCAGCGUGGAGCAGACGUGAACUUCAAAGCUAAGGAUGGGCUGACCCCACUUCAUUGUGCAGCCAGAAGUGGACACGAUGCUGUAGUGGAUGCACUGCUUGAAGCUGGUGCUCCUAAUUCAGCCAAAACAAAGAAUGGCUUCACCCCACUUCACAUUGCCUGCAAGAAGAACCGCAUCAAGAUUGUUGAGCUGCUUCUCAAGUACGGCGCUUCCAUAGAAAGCAAAACAGAG